AUGAGUUCCAUCAGCCGGCCAUCAAGCGGCAACAGCGCUUCCGGCGGCGGCGGCGGCAUUCGCGGAUUCUUCUCGAAGCUGAGAAAGCCGUCCGAUCAGCUAAUGGCUACCCAGCAGGUUCAAGUCGGCUCGCGGACAUUUGAAGCGCAUGAGCUUCAAAAGCUGAUACCGCAACUCGAGGAGGCGAUCGCGCGAAAAGACGCGCAACUCAGACAGCAGCAGGUCGUCGUCGAGGGUCACAUCAAGCGGAUUUCGGAGCUCGAGCAGGAGGUCACAUCGCUACAGCGCGAAUGCGACAAACUACGUUCGGUGCUUGAGCAGAAGGCGCAAUCGGCGGCGAGUCCCGGACAACCGUCGUCGCCGAGCCCGCGCGCCGAGCUCAACAACGAUUUGCAGCACGACAGCGGGCAGCAGCGAUCGAAGAAGAUUGCCGUUUCGGCUGAGCCGACGAAUUUCGACAACAAACAAGCGAGCCUACAGCACUAUCCGAAGACGAUUGGCGCGAAACAAUUGAUUCGCGAUGCUGUGCAGAAGAACGACUUCCUCAAACAAUUGGCGAAGGAGCAGAUCAUCGAGCUCGUCAAUUGCAUGUACGAGAUGCGCGCGCGCGCUGGACAAUGGGUGAUUCAGGAAGGCGAGCCGGGCGAUCGGCUAUUCGUUGUUGCUGAGGGCGAGCUGCAGGUGUCACGUGAAGGGCAGAUGCUUGGCAAGAUGCGAGCCGGAACGGUGAUGGGAGAGCUGGCGAUCCUCUACAAUUGCACAAGAACCGCUUCCGUGCAGGCGCUCACCGACGUCCAAUUAUGGGUUCUCGAUCGAUCGGUGUUCCAGAUGAUCACGCAACGAUUGGGAAUGGAGCGACACUCGCAAUUGAUGAACUUUUUGGCGAAGGUGUCGAUAUUCGAGAAUUUGUCGGAAGACCGCAUCUCGAAAAUGGCGGACGUGAUGGAUCAAGAUUACUACGACGGCGGCCACUACAUUCUUCGGCAAGGCGAGAAGGGCGACACGUUCUUCAUCAUCAAUUCGGGUCAAGUGAAAGUCACACAGCAGAUUGAAGGCGAAAAAGAGCCGCGCGAGAUUCGUGUGCUCAAUCAGGGCGACUUUUUCGGCGAGCGAGCGCUUCUCGGCGAGGAGAUGCGAACGGCGAACAUCAUCGCGCAAGCGCCGGGCGUCGAGGUGCUCACACUCGAUCGCGAAUCGUUCUUGAAGCUCAUCGGCGAUUUGGAAACGCUCAAACGCGAUUAUGGCGACAAAGAGCGAUUGGCGCAGGUGGUUCGCGAGCCGCCGAGUCCGGUCAAAGACGACUUCCGCGACGAGUUCGCCAAUAUCACACUGAAGAAUGUCAAGCGAUUGUCGACGUUGGGCGUCGGCGGAUUCGGACGAGUUGAAUUGGUGUGCAUUAACGGCGACAAAUCGAAAACGUACGCGCUGAAGGCGUUGAAGAAGAAGCAUAUCGUCGACACCCGACAACAGGAGCACAUUUUCGCCGAGCGGAAUAUCAUGAUGGAGACGAACACGGAUUGGAUUGUCAAGCUUUACAAGACAUUCCGCGAUAGUAAGUACGUCUACAUGCUUCUUGAGGUGUGUCUUGGCGGCGAGCUGUGGACAACGUUGCGCGAUCGCGGCCAUUUCGACGACUACACGGCGCGAUUCUAUGUUGCGUGCGUUCUCGAGGGACUCGAAUACCUUCAUCGCAAAAAUAUUGUGUAUCGCGAUUUGAAGCCGGAGAAUUGCCUAUUGGCGAAUGACGGCUACUUGAAGCUUGCCGAUUUCGGCUUCGCGAAGAAGUUGGCGUCGGGCCGAAAGACGUGGACGUUCUGCGGCACGCCCGAAUACGUGUCGCCGGAAAUCAUUUUGAAUAAGGGACACGAUCAGGCGGCCGAUUAUUGGGCGCUCGGCAUCUACAUUUGCGAGCUGAUGCUCGGACGGCCGCCGUUCCAGGCGAACGAUCCGAUGAAGACGUACACGCUGAUUCUCAAAGGUGUCGACGCGCUCGAGAUACCGAAUCGACGAAUCGGCAAGUCGGCGACGUCGCUAGUGAAGAAGUUGUGCCGCGACAAUCCGGGCGAGCGACUCGGCAGCGGCUCGGGCGGUGUCAACGACAUUCGAAAGAAUCGAUGGUUCAUGGGAUUCGAUUGGGAAGGAUUGAGGAAUAAGCAGAUCAAACCGCCGAUUAUUCCCAAGGUUUCGAAUCCGGCUGAUGUGACGAACUUUGACAACUACCCGCCGGACAACGAUGUUCCGCCGGAUGAGUUCUCGGGUUGGGAUGAGGGCUUCUAG